GGUUGCGGAGCUGAAGGGGAGUUAGAGCGCAGCCCGAGAGUCAGCAGAGCACGGGGAGCGAGAGCAGCGGCGUUAGCAGGAGCGGAGCGCGCAGACACACACGGGGAUGAGCAUGUUGGUGUUGAUCAAUAAGCUGCUGGACUGGUUCAAGUCUCUGUUCUGGAAGGAGGAGAUGGAGCUGACGCUGGUUGGCCUGCAGUACUCGGGCAAGACGACGUUUGUCAACGUGAUAGCGUCUGGCCAGUUCACUGAAGAUAUGAUUCCGACAGUGGGUUUCAACAUGAGGAAGUUGACUAAGGGAAAUGUCACCAUAAAGAUUUGGGACAUUGGUGGUCAGCCAAGAUUCCGAAGUAUGUGGGAACGUUACUGCCGUGGAGUCAAUGCUAUUGUCUACAUGGUGGAUGCUGCAGACUUUGAAAAGAUUGAAGCUUCAAAGAAUGAACUCCACAACUUAUUAGAUAAGCCACAAUUGCAAGGAAUUCCUGUAUUAGUCUUGGGCAACAAGAGAGACCUUUCCAAUGCUUUGGAUGAGAAACAGCUGAUUGAGAAAAUGAACCUAUCUGCCAUCCAGGAUCGAGAAAUCUGUUGUUACUCAGUGUCCUGCAAAGAGAAGGAUAACAUAGACAUUACACUACAGUGGCUUAUUCAGCACUCCAAGUCGAGGCGUUGCUGAGAAUGGUCUUGCUUAGCAGAAGAUUAUAAACAGCUUGUCCAUCCUACAUACCUUGGAAGAAAGUUUGGAAGAGCAAAACCUAACUCAGCUGGGACUGAGUCUUUCAACACCCCUCUCCCCCACCCCCAGUUCCUGUUAUUAUGGACCUCAAAGAUUUCUCCUUUUGGUUUCCUCUGACUUCAGGCCAUUUUCUACAUUUAAAAGGAAAAUUGAUUUGUGCCGUUCAACAGUAAUGCAGAGUAAUCACAAACCACCUAUGUAAGCCCCAGACAUGUGGCUUCAUUAUUUGAAUUAUGUCUCUGUUUUAAAAAAAAUGCAAAUUGCCUAUACCCUAUUUAACAGGGUGCUUAUUCUGGGUGUGUAUUUUUCAUUUUGCAUGUGAUGUUUUCAUACAAUGCAUUAUUUCUGUGAAGGAUUACUGAUCAAAACUGCUCAGCUCUAUUUAAAAUAACUUUGGAUUAUUUGAAUACCAGUGAAGAUAAUGCUGCUACUAUAGUAAGAAUAAUCAUAUUGUGAGAGUGGAUUUUGGAGCAGGCUGGUAAGUUUUUGUUGAUUGGGAGAAACAGCUUCACUUCCCCAUUUUGACAGCAAUAUGGAUUGCACUCUUAAUAUAGACACUGGAAAUAGCUCUAAAAUGCUUUUAUUCCUGUCAAGCACUGUUUGAAUAUUCAGCUCUGCAGGAUAUCCUCAGUUUUUUUUUCAUAUUUAAAUUUCUCUCAACUAUUUGCUUUUGUAAACAUGUAAAAAGAAAUCAGUUGAUAUUGAUUUGAUGGAAAUUGGAGAUUGAUUUAAAUUCAUGUAAUGAUAUACACCACUCCCAGUUCCAUCUUGUAUUCUUCAGAUGCCUUUGCGAGUGCAGCACAUGAUAGACCUACUAUUAAUGUUUUAAUAGCUACAGGACACUUCGUAACUAAAUAUAGGGUGGGUCACAUCAGUUAUAUCAGAAAAAGAACAAAUUUGAACAGUCUUCAAUCACAGUCAAUCAGCUCCAGAGUGGUGUAGUAUUUACGGAGUAGGAUUUUUUUUGAUACAUUUUGAAUGAGGAAACACUACAUUAUUUAAACAAGAUUGUUCUUCUGUAGUAAUAAAUUUCUGCCACUUUCACAUUUCUCUCCCUUUUUUUCAUUCCCUGAUAAAUUUUGAAAGUACAUUUAAUUAAUGUAACAUUGUCUAGUACAUAUGAGUUGCCUAGCACUUGAACUUGGUGCCCAUGAAGUUAAGCAUUUCCUAACAGAUGCUGAUGAUCAAAACAAGGAACACAGCAGGUUAAGAAGCAUCUUUGGAGGGAAAGGAAUUGUUGACAUUUUGGGUCAAAAUUCUGCAUCAGGACUACUACACAGGUGCUGCUCAACCCACUGAGUUCACUCAGCACCAUAAUUUUCAUCAAAGUUGCUGGUGAAUGCAGCAGGCCAAGCAGCAUCUAUAGGAAGAGGCGCAGUCGACG